AUGAAGUUGUGUUGCCUGGAUGGCGCGCGUGGAGGUCGCGUCACCGUCAUGUCUCUGCUCUACCCCACGCUCCUGCUUUGCGCCAGCGGGUUUUUCUCCAACCUACGGCCGUCCGAGCCCUUCCUCACCGCCUUCCUCAUGGGCCCGGACAAAAACCUAACCGAGAUCCAGAUUGUCAGUGAAAUCUACCCCAUCUGGACCUACUCCUACCUCUUCCUGCUCUUCCCGGUUUUUUUGGCCACGGACUUCCUGCGUUACAAACCUGUGCUGAUCCUCCAGGCUAGCAGCUUGGUGGCGACGUACGUAAUGCUACUUAAGACCCGUAGCGUGUGGGCCAUGCAGCUGAUGGAGUUCCUGUUUGGCCUGGCCUCUGCGUCCGAGGUGGCCUAUUUCGCCUACAUCUACAGUGUGGUGGAGCCCGUGCACUACCAGAAGGUGACCGGGUACUGUCGGAGCGUGACACUGUUUGGGUCAGCCGUGGGGUCUCUCCUCGGGCAGCUCCUCCUCUCCCUGGGCCAGGUGCAGUUGUAUUACCUGGUGGCGAUCACGCUGACAUCGGCUGCGGUGGCACUUGUGGCGCCCUGGUUUCUGCCCAUGCCCAAGAGGAGCCUGUUCUUCCAUAAGAGUCCUGUAGGGGGCAAAGAGGGGCCGGAGAGCAGUGUGGGGCUAAUGCAGGGGGAAACGGACAGUAAAGUGCCUCUCAGUGACAAUGGACUGGAGGACUCUGUGCAGGAGCACAGAUCAGCAGACUCGAUGGGUCCCAGCCGGGGGGUGCUGGAGGUUCUCCGGCUGCUCUUCUCUGACUUCCUGUGCUGUUACCGCUGCCGCCCCCUGCUGGCUUGGUCCCUGUGGUGGGCUCUGGCGACGUGCGGGUACUUCCAGGUCAUCAACUACACCCAGGUCCUGUGGGAGAAGGUCCGACCAUCCCAGGACUACGACAUCUACAAUGGAUAUGUGGAGACGCUGUCAACGCUGCUUGGCGCCCUGGCUGCUCUCCUGGUGGGCCUCCUCCCUGUGUCCUGGUCCGCGUGGGGGGAGCUGGCCCUGUUCCUCCUCUCCCUCCUCAUGGCUCUGUGCGUCUUUGGGAUGGACCUCCUGGGGAACAUCUGGACCUGCUACGGCCUCUACGUGCUCUUCAGGGCCGUCUACAUGCUGCUUAUCACCGUGGCAACGUUCCAGAUAGCAGCCAGUCUGAGCAUGCAGCGGUACGCCCUGGUGUUCGGGGUCAACACGUUUGUGGCUCUACUGCUCCAGUCCCUGCUCACGGUGGUCGUGGUGGACUCUGUCGGGCUGGGACUGGACGUCUACACUCAGUUCCUCAUCUAUGGUGCUUACUUUGCCUUCAUCUCCUUGGUGUUCCUGGCAGCUGGACUUUACAAAGUGCACAGCAGGAGGUGCUCUGAGCUGGAGGGCUGCAAUGGAGUGGAGACAGAGUCAAAUGGUUCCCCCAGCAGUAACAUCAGUUCAUCCUGACAGCGCCCCCUGCAGCGGACUUCUGUUACUGCACAAGGCUGGUCCAGUAUUGGAGUUACCUUGCUCCAGCUGUGUAUUUCUCAUUCAGAUGGUGGUAUAGGCUGACCAUUGAAGCAACCGGCCAGACCAACUCAAGACUUGAGGCUUCUCUUAAGUGUUACCAACAGACUUUGCAAUCUAUAGAGGUCAACAACUUUUUGUUUACUGUGAAUGUGAGGAAUAAACCAGGACUAUGACCAAAUCAGAACAAAAAAACACAUCUAAACCAGUCUGACAUGGCACUUAACCAUGACUCAACCAUAUAACUAGAAGAUCAAAAUGUCUGUUUGGCAGCCCCACACCGUUUGCCUUAAAGCCUAUUGCUCCACAUACGCCCAACUUCCCUUUGCCUGGAAUAUUCCACAACAUGGCAUUAGACUUAUUCAUUUUGCAUUUUUAAAAAUAUAUAUCUUGGAAAAAAACAUGCAUUUUAACUGUGAGCACGCUCGUUUCUCCACAGAUGUGACCUAUAACUGUAAGAUUACUAUAAUCUCUAUGGAGACAAGUAGUUGGCAGUUAUGCAGUAUCCUUAGGCAUCUGUGCAGCCACCUACAGGCCUUUUCAGUAAGUUACACUCUACAUAUAAAUCACUAAGAAUUAAGAUUAGUUCUAAGUUAAACGAUAAACAGUAAUAUCGUUUAUCGUGAUAAAAAGGGUCGACAAUAAUCGCUCUUGGGACAUUUAUUAUAAUCGUGAUAAUCGCCUACAAAGAUCUUUACCAUUUUAUCACCAGAAUGUGCAGUAAAAAGCUACUUAUCCACAGGGGAGUUAACAAGGGGGGACAAAUGGGUCUGUUGUCCCAGGUCCCACGGUCUUAGGGGCCCAAAACUGUGAGGCUUCUUGACCCAGGCCCCCAAAUUUCUGAUGAAGGCCCUGCUUAUCCAUAAUCUUAGUUGUUUACACUGAUGACAAAGUAGAAUUAUGUAAAAGUUGUUUAAAUAAGGAACCUAUUCAUAGCAUAACAUUUUUAUUAUUAAUUUCGAUAACAUUUUUAAACUGUCAGCAACUUUAAUCGUUAUCUUGAUAUAAUCGUUAAUCACAUUUAUUUUGGCCAUGAUAAUCACAAAACAAAAUUUCAAUAUUGUCGGAUGCCAAUCUGAUGUGUGCGCAUACCAGGGGUCCCAUGUUUUAGAGUCUGGUGUCCUUGAAAAACAUACAUUAAAUGUGGACUGUUACUUUUCUGGUGGCAUCGCCUGCUUCAUGGACAAGUGUAAUGCCCUGUUGUGGAACAUUCAAAUCAAUCUAGACAAGCAGAUGGUGUACUUGUAACUUGGAAAAAGUUAGGGUGCACUUUUGAUCUGACAAUCAAACAAAACUGAAGAGUACAUAGAAUCUUGAACCUCACCCAUUUGAUACACAUGUAUUACCUUUGUGUCCAACAUCAGAACAAUUUAUUCCACUGCAGAAAUCUGUUACACUCAUAUUACCUCAAAAUUUUGAUUUAUAACAGCAAUUUUUGGGCUGGCCGUUACAUUAACUUGGCCUCAAAAGUAAUCAUGUCAAAUGAUUACUUGUAAACCUUUGAGACACCUGACUGUAAUUCUCAUGUAUCUUUUUCCAUCAGCCAAAAACGUGCACAGUAUUUUUGUACUUAUAUCACUAUUUAAUAUAAUUGUGCCUUUAAUGCGACUUAUUUGUUGUUUUAUAAUCCAAAAAUGAACAAGCAAAGAAUCGUGUGCUGAAUUUCCGUUAUAAUUAUGGAUUUUUUCUAUGAAAAACACUGUUACAAUCACAUGUGUAUUAGUAGAAUGGAUAGUGGUUGUGUAUUGGUAUGUAAAUAAUCGUGAGCAAUAAUCGUCGCGUUAGGGAUAGAAGCUU